GAAGAAUUAUUGUUGUUAGUGUAAAGUGGUGUUAUCUUUUAAAGCGUACGUUUGUUUGGAAAGUUGUUCAAAAUCAAGUUAUAUCUCAAGAGAAUUCUGAAAAAUGCCUUGCUCAGCACAGUCACUUAAAAAUAAACAAAAGACUGAGGUACAAGAAUUUGUGUUAGAAAACCCUAACAUAUCAGUGCAGAAGUCUGUUGACUUCAUGAAGCAGAUCGUAGGAGUUGCUGUUUCCACUGUUUCAUACAUAAGAAACAUCUUUCCACCAUCAGCGUUUAAAACAAUAAAAAUAAGUGGACAGAAGAUUUGGCUCCUGAAGGGAAAUAGUGAUAUCCCUGCAACAUUCACAUUGAUCAACUGGAUUAAGAGUGCAUUUGAGGCAGUUCGAGAAAAUAUUUUGAAGAAGAUGGUUUUUGUCAUACAAGAACAAGAUGGACAUGAAACUUUGGAAGUUUACACUUUCAAUUUUUCUUAUAACUUUGAAGCAAUCAGUUGCCAUAUUUUGAAUGGAAAUACUGGACAGGAAAUGACACUUGAAAGCAAGACUGUACCUGAUAACAUUAUGUCUGCAAUACAUUUGUUAUUGCGUAGAUUGAUUGUGAUAACAGAAAACUUACAACCUCUUCCCAAUAAUUCUGAACUAAGCAUGCGGCUUGAGUUCUGUGAAAAUGUGCCUGCCAGCUACAAAUUGCCAGAGCACUUCAUACCAGUGGAAUCUCUUUCUAUAAACUUUCCAGUUGAAGCUUACACCAUCAAAUUGGGAAAGGUCGAGUCUAAAUUCACAGGAAUUGCUCUGUCAACAAAGUCAGUUCUGAACCAGGAUGAGGAGAAUAAGAUUGACAGUGAAGCUGAGGAUGAAGUGGUCCUACCAUCCCAAGAACUUGACUACAACUCUCCAUUUGUUAAAGCCUCCGCAAGGAAUUGUACUGAGGAGAGUGUGAUAGAAAUUGAGACCAGGACCUUGUCAGAGACGUUGUCCUCAACCUGUCUGAGAGAGAAGGAGAUUAGCUGCAUUUGUGAUUGUAACAAUGAAUCGAGUGCUGUUAUCAAGUGCUCUUCUUGUUUUAAAUUUCAGCACAAGGCAUGUUAUAAAUUACUGAAUGACCAGGAGAUACCACAUCACAUCUGUGUCAAUUGUCAUGAGCCCGACAACUCAGAAAAAUCAUGCACACAUCCAGAUCUUGUUUAUAAUGAGAAUCGAAAGUUUGAAGCUUUGUAUAGAAGAGCAUUGAUUCUGUGCUUGAACUCAGUUAGAGUAUCAUCAAACACUUUUGUAAGUACACUCAACUUCCCUCGACAAGUUGCUCAGAAGAUACUCAACCAGCUUGACUCUGAUGGGUUUCUCUGCUCCCCUACUGGCAAGAGAGGCAAUGUCCGAACUAUUAAAAUCGAAUACUUGAAGGACAAAGCAUUCACUAAGUAUUUUCCUGUCCAUAAUGAGGAAUCUAUGGAUGAAGAAUAUACAGUGGGUCCAGCAAAACGUUUGAAGUAUGCUUCCAUCAACAGAGGAUUAUGCAUUGUCUAGGAUGUAUGGAGGACACCAUCUGGUACAGAUAGUUUAGUAUAUUUAUAUCUGUCAUCUCCUUGGACAAAAUUAAUUAAGUUUGAUUUUUCAGAGUCUAUUUAGUAGUAUUUUCUUUUUUAAGAGUAAAUAAUGUGAUUCGUUACUGUGAUGGCUUUUACUUUUCUGAUAGAAUAUAAGUGCAGUUUAAAUUGUGAUAGUAUCGUAUAAUUUUGAGUGAGAAAUCUGUUUAAAACUUUUAGGAGCUCUAACAGUGCUUAGGUCUAGAACAAUAUUUAUUAUAUACAUGAAGUGUGUAUCUGUUUCCUUGUUAAUUUGUGUUCAUAUAGUAUAUGUAAUAUAGAAAUAUGUUAAUUUUAGUUGAGGAUCUCCCAAAAAAACAUGUUUCACUUCUUCAAAUUUCAGUGUCAUAAAUAAACAAUUCAAUGUUUAAUACUAUCUAUAGGACAGACACAUGUUGAUUUCAAUUAAGAGUUUGAAAAUCAAUGUAACUGAUUGGUUGGUUUCAUUGUUGGUUGACAAUUUGUAUGAUCCUAUAGUUCUAUCUGUAUUAAAUCUCACUGUGAUAAUAAAUAAUAUAACAUUUAAUGAAAAAUAGAACACCAUUAACAUAAUAGAAAUAAGUUAGUUUCUCUUAAAGAUCUAAUAAAGAACUUGUUUAGUUGUAUGAUUAUUUUAGUUAUAUGAUAAAUGUGAUUAAUAAAUAUUUUAGCUGAAUGUGAUAAAUCAAAAUAAUUUAUUGUCAUAACUUGUAGUAAUACUUAAUAGUAAUAGUAAUCUAAUAGACAACAAUUAUUAAGUCUUUCUGACAAAGAAGAGUAUUUGUUAUAAUUAUGUUUAUUUGUACCACAAUAAUUAUGCAAUUUAGUAAUAAUGUCACACAGCAGUGUGAAAAAUGUUCCUUUGAAAAUGUAAAAAGAUUAAGUGUGUAUUAUUUUAUUUGAUUAGUGGUAACAAUAAAUUG